UUCCAAGCUGUUUAAAGGCACAUUCAACUUGGUGUAUGUAAACUUCUGACCCACUGGAAUUGUGAUUGUGAAAUAAUCUGUCUGAAAACAAUUGUUGGGAAAAUUACUUGUCAUGCACAAAGUAGAUGUCCUAACCGAUUAGACAAAUCUAUAGUUUGUUAACAAGAAAUUUGUGGAGUGGCUGAAAAACUAGCUUUAAUGACCCCAACCUAAGUAUGUAAACUUCCGACUUCAACUGUACACUAUAUAUCCCGUUCUGGGCUCAACCGCUCAAAUUUGACCCUCUGCUCUUAUACUUAGUCCAUUCCCCAUUGCUCUGUGAGGGCCAGUAAGGAUUCCCAUGACAGCCCUGGUCUCUCAGGGUGAUGAUGUCACUACCAUUCCUCUACUCAUCCAGGGGUUAUACACUUACAGGGGCCAUAGGAAGACCUCCUUUAGUGGUUCCUUUGUGUCUUAUACGUCUGAUAUUUUGGAAGUAAUCUGAUGACCAUUUUAGCCCAUUGAGUGGUGUACACUUCUUACUAGGUAGGUUAAAUGUACCUCUAGCAGUGCUGUCAUAUUUGAUCAUGUAUAAUAAUGUUAAUCAGAUGCUGGAUUAUGUUGCACGUGUCAGGCUGUAAUGUAUGAGUUUUAGCCUUUUUUUGUCCUUCACCGAUUGCUUUCUUAGUCACUUAGUUGUUUUACAUGGUCACGUGACUGUCAGUGCUGCAAAAGUCAGCCUUAUGUAUCUACAUGCAGGGCAUACAGUACAGAACAUACCUAAGAGGUGAAAGGUCAGAGUUUCUCCUUACGCUUGUCCUUUCUUGUGGCUGCCUCUGCUGUAUUUAAGUUUGUGUUGGUUUACUUUAAUUUUGGACUGAGCAGGUUGGUAAUGCUGUAGAAGUGAAGCCUUAUAAGUCCUCCACUCUCACAAUCAGCACUGUCGGCAAAGUCACUCCCAAUCAGCACCUCCGCUACACUCCCAAUCAGCAUCUACUUCUAAUACUACCUUCACAGGAACUCUAUACAUUCACAAUCAUGUUCUCAAUCCGCACUUCUACAUUAUACCUGCACUUGAGUCACCGAUUCAAGAUUUGUAAAUGUGAUGUAGUUAAGUCUUGUUCACACUGCAGGCCUUAAUGCUCAAAUCAUUUUAGUUUUUCAAAUCUGUUUUGGAAUACUGACUGUCCAAACAGCAAGUUACAAGUGACCAUGUGUUCAGAUGGCAGUCAUUUCCUGACAUGAGUAUGCAAGUGUGUGUGUGCAGUGGUAUAGAGUGAUUGGUGGUGCUCGUGCUUCCUAUCACUCAGAAGUUAUUUAGCAAGCUAAGGUGACAACAAUAGAUGAAUGGAAUUCGACCAAAACAAUGGAAAACGCGUGGGGGGGGUGCUGUGGGGGAAAGAUCCCACAUUUUAUUUGAUUUAUUAGGAUCCCCCUUAGCCGACGCCAAUGGCAACACCUAGUCUUACUGGGGUCCGACACAUAACAUAACGAAAAAGACAUUUGCAUACAUUUAAAAACAUUAACAUGUAGUGUAUCAGUUACACAUACAUGUCAGUACAUACACACAAGUAGAAUCACCUCAUUUACUGCAUGUAAGCCUGCCAUUAAUAUUUCCCGUUGCUUUGAAUGUUAAUCUUAAUGUAGGAAUACUUUUAGAGCUGCAAAGGAUAUAAGAUGAACCAACUUUCAAAAGUCCUUUUUGGCUAGCCACAGCAGUCAGCUAGGUAGCUGUUUAGCUUUCUAGUACAUUUACUCAUUUGUUUGUAAACAGCAAGCUAGUUAGCUACCACAUUCUUGUCAUGUCAAGAGUAGCUAGCAAGUAACAAGAUAUGCCAAAUAACAGUAAAUACCACUUGAGGGCAAAUUAGAUUUGACCCUUCAGACUUAAUUCGCAUGGACAGGAAUCAGAUUUGUAUCUGAUUUCAAACCACCUACGAAGGUGGUUACAAAUGUGGCUUGAAAUAUGAUUCCAUGUGCUUUUUGGCUGUUCAGACUGCAGGAAAAAUAAAAGAUUAGAAUUGGAUACGGCAAAAAAUAGGAUUUGAGUCAUUUCAAACUACCAGUGUGAACAAGGCUUUAGUUAGACCGAUGGCACCUCACACUAUUUCUACCUUUAUAGAAUCAGCACCCCCUAGCAGAACAUGCCAGAAUAACUACAACCCUUGUCAAGCACCUCAAGCGAAACACACAGUUGAACCAUAACUUUCACUUGUGGCAUCAGACACCUACCUACACAUGCUAAAAAUACACUUCCAAGUAAAUGGUCAACACAUGGUUUCAUCAUAAACCCGUAAGGGUUACCUUUUUGCUCUUCUACACCAGAUGUUGUAUUCCUUCUGUUUUUCUUUUCUCCAUAUCAGCAUUUCAUAUGGCUAUGGUCUUCUGCUGACUAUUCAAUAAUCUUGAAGCACUUUUCAAUGUUUGCUAUCCACGACUCUGCAUUUUACCUGGUCAUGGUGGGGACCAAUACAGAGGUUUUAAACUACUUGAUCCAAAGUAAGAACCGCUGUCUUAAAAAUAGUUAAAAAAAUACAAUACUUGUAUAUGUUAAUUAAUCUGCAGUGCAAAUGAAGAAUGCACACUACAUCAGCAGUAAUUAUAAUUUACUCUACAAUAGUUUAUUUUAGCAACUAUAGUAUUUACACAGUAGCGUUGGUAGGAAUUUGCUUUAAAAAAAACGAGUAGUCAGCCAGAAGUUAGAUAAAUUGUACUUUACUCUGCCAAUUGUCCAUAGGGUUGGUCAUUAUGCAACAACAAAAAACAAACAUCUAAUAGAACAUGCAUUUAAAGACUUUCCAAACGUGGGUAUGUUGUAGUAGACCCGCUUACCUCAUGUCAAAAUAAAAUUCCCGCAAGUGCGCCACACCUGCACACAAAAAAAGCACGAACUUGUGGGCGACUUUUAUUUUGACAUGAGGUAAGCAGAGAGGAACUGACCUCCAAGGAACUGCACGGGUCUACAAAGACCCACGUUUGGAAAUGCUUUUUAAUUAUACGUUAAAUGAAUGUUCUUUAAUUCCCCCUGCAUAAAGACUAAGCCUACAGACAAUCGACAGACACCCUCAGAUGGUGAUGAUGAGGUGAUUACUAUGAUCAAAGAGCUUCUGGAUACCCGAAUCAGGCCCACAGUGCAGGAGGAUGGUGGAGAUGUCCUGUAUUGCGGCUUUGAGGAUGGCACUGUGAAGCUGAAGCUGCAGGACUCCUGCACCAGUUGCCCCAGCUCCAUGGUCACACUGAAGAGUGGCAUUCAGAAUAUGUUGCAGUUCUAUGUCCCUGAAGUGGAAGGGGUGAAGGAUGAGCAAGAGGAAGUUGUCCAAGGCUGAGUCCAAUGGAGAUUACUGACUCUACAGACAUUCUUCUUACCCUCUCCCCUCCAGCACCCACUCCUGACUCCAUCCUAUAGCAGAUUCAUGAGCAUCGUAGAGUCCUGUCUAAAGCACAGCAGUGGUAAAAGAGGAACUGCAGGGUUAUUUGGAGAGAUUUCUCGUUGAACUUCAUAGCAGUUCUCAGAGAUUGUCAGCUGUCAAGUCAUUCUGGCUAUGCGUUUCAGUGGGUAAGAAGUAGUGUCUUUGUCCUGCUGCUUGCUUUGAAAGGCUUCCAAGGUGAAGGAUUCCAGCUUCAACUUUUGUCUGACGAUUUAUUUAUUACAGUUUCUAGUAUUAUCACACCAUAUAACUCAGUAAGUAUUGGUUAUUACAGGCCCAAUGCAGCCGUUUGCAUAACAAUAUCAACUCAUUUCUGGGUAACAAUUAAGUACCUUACUGUAAAAGAUUUCCAUUCAAAUGGAUGUAACCGAUGUGAAAUGGCUAGUUAGUUAGCGGUGGUGCGCGCUAAUAGCAUUUCAAUCAGUGACGUCACUCGCUCUGAGACUUGAAGUAGGGUUUCCCCUUGCGUUGCAAGGGCCGCGGCUUUUGUGGCGCGAUGGGUAACGAUGCUUCGGUGGGUGUCAGUUGUUAAUGUGUGCAAGGGUCCCUGGUUCGAGCCCGGGUUGGAGCGAAGAGAGGGACGGAACCUACACUGUUACAUGGGCAAAAUAGCUUUUUAGCAAAAAACUACAUCUCAAGUAAGGAUUUUGCAAAGGGGAGAAUGGAGAACUAGCUGUCAUUGUCAGAGAGGUUUGGAACUCUUUAUUGGUCUAUUAAUUUACCGCAUGGUGAUGUCACCAUGGAAAGCCGAAACUCCCACACAUGCAAACCUGCUGAUUAGAAGGUCCUGUGUAGAUUGUAUUUUCAACCAGCAGCUAUCAGGAAAUAACACUGAUAAAAUUGUUUCACUCCUUUGGUUCAUCAGCUGUUGUUCAAUAUAUACAUUUUGACUGCACUGAACCUUUAAAAAAGCACAACUCCAUCCAUAUAAAACACAAAUGUGCACUGUAUAAUGUAAAUAAAUAAAAUGCAUUGAAUUAAGUAUGAAAUUAUUUUCUUGAAUGCCCUGAAUGCAGUUCUUUCUUGAACUGCACUGUUGGUAAGUAAGCAUUUCAAGUAAGGUUUACACAUGUUAUAUUCGGCACAUGUGACAGUUUGAUAUGAUUUGAAAUUGGCAACCAAAUAAUCUGUCAACCUGACAGGGGAAAUGGUGCACAGAUAGUGUGGUCUGGAGGAAAGUUUGAGUUGGUUUAUAAGUCUGUUACUAUUAUGUGAAUGUAUAAUAAGCAAUUAAAAACCUCUAAAUUAUACAUUUUUGUUAGGAAUUUAUCAUCCACAAACACAUUUCUGUGCAGUCCACAGUCUGUUAAAAUAAGGCAGAUGUAAAGUAACAAAUGAAUAUGGUGACACAAAAACAUUUUAUCAAACUAAACUGGGAAUAAAUAUGGUUAUUUUGAAUAAAUACGGUUGUCACUAGUUACCACAACCACAGACAUAAACCCUGCCUAUUAAAUGUUUUAUUUUAUUUUUAAAUGUGAUUUUAAAACUAACCUUAACCACACUGCUAAUCUAAACCUUAUAUUAAGACCAAAAAAGCAAAUGUUUUUUUUCAUGAUUUUUUACGAUAAUAUAGCCACCAAUAAAUAUUGGUUGGUUGGUUGACACUUCACAAAUUUACUUUCCAUCUCCUCACUCGCGCCCACGGAUAUCCUAUCUCCAUCCUGCUGCUAUGUCAGGGUGAGUGCGUAGGCGGUAAAAAUCGGGAUUGACAGCCGUUGCACCAAUAAGGGAAGCCUGCUGAGGCUACUUGGAUCCCAUUCAAUGGAAUUUAAAGGGGGCGGGACCAUCUGACUCGUCAGACGAGAAACUGAGCCAGUGAUGCCAAUUUAGCUGCUAGAUUAAGC